AUGUGCAUCCGGGCCUUUGGCCACUUUGUCGAGGCCAUCCGCGCGCCUGAUUGCUUGGUGUGUCAUCUUGGCCUUGUCCGCGCCUCGGACGUUGUCGACGAAUACGGUAGGGCCAGAAUCUGGGGCGACGACACAAAAGCCUGUCUGCCGGAAAAGGCACGCGGCUCUCUGGACGACACGCUGAGGCACGACGAGGAUAUGAAACGCCUUGUUCUGGAGAUUCUCCAGCUUCUUCAUGGCAUGAUCAAACAAGUCACGCCCAUCGCAGAUCGGAAAGCCAAUGUUGCACUUGGGUCUGAUCACGGCUCUAUAAGUAGCGUUACCGAUGAAUCCAGUUCUAGUUCGGAUACAGAAUCUGAUUGCACUAUGAGUUCCGGUACGAGCACGCAUGCCGGUGUCGACAAAGAGAGACGCAAGGGCGAGGACGUCGUCAAGCCCAAGAGGAGGCGAGCGAGAGUCUCUGUGCUCGUAGAUGAGAUCAAAGAACAGAUCAAGUCCCUAUUUGAGGUCUCAUCUCUACUUCGCCGGCCACGAGUGACCAACAAAUAUUUGCGGUCAGUCAGCUCCAAAUCGCCUAAGCAGGCGGGGGCGAAGGAGGCCGACUUGCUCAUGAUUGCAAUGAAAACCUACGACGAGAGGCAUGUCAAGGAAAAGAUGCUGCAAUGGGGCAGUCUCAACAAAAGUACGCUCGGCCAGCAAUUCCAGGAGGAGUCAGUGCCUAUGAAUCGACCGGAUUUUGGUGCGAUCCAAGAGGUGUCCUGGCUGUGCCAGCGGCUUGCACAAGCAAAUACCCGACGGCGAGAGCAGCUGCAAUAUUGGAAACGCCGACCGUACGAGACGGCGCCCGUGGCGAGUAAGGUGCUGCCGGAGCGAAACCCGCGAAACAUGGACGAAUCUGGAACAACAGGUCGCCCAAGGACGUCCGACAUGCCGAAGCCAACGGCACCGGCCACAAAUCCAGAUCGUCGAUCCACCACAUCCCGACAGACGUUUUCCACCGCACACAGUUUCUCGACGGCCGCUGUUUCCGACGUCGUGUACAAGGUCAACACGACCGGUCGUGCACCAACGACGUAUGCACCCACAUUGGCGGGCCAGGGUGGUGCGAAUAGCAAUGUCGUUCCAGGCCCGCCCCGAACGGUGGACGGUGCCACCCAAUUUCCUUGUCCAUACUGCGGCAUGGAACUGAACAAGGCUGAAAUGAGUGACAGACAAGCAUGGAAACGUCAUGUGUUUCACGACCUUCGCCCCUACGUGUGCACAUUUGAAAACUGCAACAACGGAGCCAAACUCUUUGCCAGUCGCAACGACUGGAUCUAUCAUGAGUUUCUCGUCCACAGACGCCGCUUUGUUUGCGACCGGGCGGGCUGUGACAACGUGUACAGCACCAGAGACGAGUUUGUUGCGCAUCAACUAGCCGACCACUCCACGCACAGACAUUUGAUGGCCGCUGGUGAUGUUGCCAUUAUUGCCGACAUGUGCGAUCGGCCCAUCGACACGUCCGAACCGAUACCGGAACAAACGUGUCUUGUCUGUCACGAACCCAUCGAAUAUGUUGAACGCCUGCAAAAGCAUCUCGCAGGGCACAUGGAAGACAUUGCCCUUUUUGUCUUACCCAGUGGCGAGACCGACCAAAAUGAGGACGCGGAAAAGUCCCGGGACUCGUUUCACGUUGCUGCAGGAAGCGACGCCCACAGUCACCACAACAGUUCUACUCCCUCAUCCGACACCAGUGAUGGAUACUCUAACCCAUACGAGGACGACGAACAGAGUCGGUUCGAGGAGGUGAUCGAGGACGAGCUGAGCCGUGAUGCUACAAAUCCCUCCUCGCUUAUACGUGCUGUUUUGAGUGGAAGUGUGGCUGUCGUUCGGUUACUUCUCGAGAAGGGCGCUGACGUUGACGCGACGAAUGGGCAUCCAGAUACGCCGUUGGUGCUUGCCGUAUCGGAAAUGAAUGAAGCUAUGAUCCCACAACCGGAAUUCUUCUUCAGCGAGGAGGAAAAGGCGAAGUAUGCGCUUCAAGGCACGCCGUCGAUGAGAGCAGAGAGAGCGAAUAGGUUUGAGGCCAUCGCGCGAUUAUUGCUCGACAACGGCGCCGAUGUCAAUGCGAGGGACAAGCGAAGAAAAACGCCGUUAUUUUGGAGUAUAUAUCGCCGUCGCGACGCCUUCUCAUGGUUCUUACUUGAAAAGGGUGCUGAUAUCGACGUGAGGGAUGCGUUUGGAGAAACGCCGGUAAUGACUGCCGCCAGAAAAGGGCAUGAUGCCAUGAUACGGUUCUUACUCUCCGAGGGCGCGGACGUCAACACAAAAAACAACAAUGGACAUACGCCGUUAUAUACUGCCACAUUGUUUGGGCACAAGACGACCGUACGGUUAUUACUCGCAAAUGGUGCUACUUUCGAUUCGCUGGAACCGGCUGGAUCCUUACUGUUACGUUCUGCCAUAAUACAAAAGAAUGAGGCUAUCAUACAGAUACUAAUCGAUGGUGGCGCCGACGUCAACGCGAGGGAUGUCUCGCAUGAUACGCCGCUGAUAACUGCUGCAAGGAUUGGACCCAAGGCCGUUGUUGAGUUGCUACUCGAAAAGGGAGCCGAGAUCGAUGGGAUGGACCACCGGAAGCGAACACCACUCUCACAUGCAGCACAGUUCGGGGAGCAAGAUAUCGUCAAGCUGCUACUCGAAAAGAGCGCUGACGUCAAUUCGAGAGACAUUGACAAACGGACACCACUAUCACACGCAACACACGGAGGGCACGAGAAUGUCGUCAAGUUAUUACUCGAAAGGGGCGCUGACAUCGAAUCGAGAGACGUUUACGAAUGGACACCACUAUUAUACGCAGCACAGAGAGGGCACGAGAAUGUCGUCAAGUUAUUACUCGAAAAGGGCGCUGACAUCGAGUCGAGAGACAAGGACGGACGGACACUACUAUUACACGCGGUACACGGAGGACACGAGAAUGCCGUUAAGUUAUUACUCGAAAAGGGUGCCCACCUCGACGUGGGAGACCAGCAUGGUCACACGCCGAUGAUAACUGCUGCAAGGAUUGGACCCAAGGCCGUUGUUGAGUUGCUACUCGAAAAGGGAGCCGAGAUCGAUGGGAUGGACCACCGGAAGCGAACACCACUAUCACACGCAACACACGGAGGGCACGAGAAUGUCGUCAAGUUAUUACUCGAAAGGGGCGCUGACAUCGAAUCGAGAGACGUUUACGAAUGGACACCACUAUCAUACGCAACACACGGAGGGCACGAGAAUGUCGUCAAGUUAUUACUCGAAAGGGACACUAACAUCGAAUCGAGAGACAUUAACAAACGGACACCACUAUCAUACGCAGCACAAAAAGGGCACGAGAAUGUCGUCAAGUUAUUACUCGAAGGGGGCGCUGACAUCGAGUCGAGAGACAAGGACGGACGGACACCACUAUCAUAUGCAGCAGAGGACGCGAAAGACGACAUCGUUAAGAUACUACUCGAAAAGGGUGCCCACCUCGACGUGGGAGACCAGCAUGGUCACACGCCGAUGUGGUACGCCACAGGAAACGGGCGUGAAACCACUGUUGCAUUGUUAGAAUCAUAUGGUGCCGCGAGACCUACGUAA